AUGGCGGGGCCUACUGAGCUUCGUGAGCUCGUGCAGACUGAUGUCGCACAGGAGAUACCCAAAGAAACUCUCGGGCCUGUCAUUACGAAUGCGCCCUUUGUAUACGUCGACGGAACCUUCAACACACGAGACCUGGGAUUGAUCGAAGGAAGCCCGCUUCGACCUGGGUUCGUCCACAGGACUGGAACCAUCAACCAUCUGACUGAUAAUGGCAAGGCUGCCAUCGCGGGAAAGCUGGGCAUCAAACGCAUCUUCGAUCUACGAUCUCCAGAGGAACGUAGCAUGGCUCCGGACCCAGAGAUCCCAGGUGUCGAGAACACUUGGAUCCAGAGUACUCGACCAGAUUCUACCCCGGACCUCAACAUGUUCAUCUCGGGUGUAGGUGAAGAGGGCUACGAGUUUAUGUACAUGGAGGUCGUGGACAUCUACAGGGCAUCUUGGAAAGCUGUUUUGGAGCAUGUUCGGGAUCGGCCUCAGGAACCCUUCUUGGUGCACUGCACAGCUGGGCGAGACCGCACUGGUGUGAUCUCUGGGUUGCUCCUAGCUUUAGCAGGCGCCUCGCCAGAUGUAGUGACAUUUGACUACUUGCUGUCACGAAUUGGCACGGAGCCUGUCCGGCAAUUUCUUCUGGGCGUUGCCAUGGCUGGUACCAAAGCUCAAAGUGAGGAACAGCCGGGCUUCUACAAUCUUUGUAGUCUGAAAGAGGAAUCGUGGGCGGCAUUCGUCAAGGGCGUCCAGAGAGAUUAUGGCGGGUUUGAGCAGUUCGUCACCGAGCAGUUAGGCUUCUCGGAGGAGGAUCUGGCCAAGAUCAAGUCAAACUUGACCAAAGCCUGA